AUGGCUAGCGUGCUAUUAUCAGACAAUGCGAAAGAGAUCGUGCUGAGCAUGAAAGCCCUUAUACAAGCCGAUAGCGCAGAGCGCGUACACGAGAGUCAAUCAGGCUGGCAGUAUCCACUUUUCGACCAAUGCAGAGCGAUGAAAGCAGAUAUGGAGUCUCACGGUUUGAAGGUCUACGAUUGUACCGUUUUCCAUUUCAUGGUCACAACUAGAAUCAAAAAUCCCACAAAACGACUCUUGCUUAUCCCUAUACAAGGUACUUCAACUUUGACGCCAGCUGAUGCCUUGUCGCCUGAAUCUUAUUGGGAUGUCCAAGGUGACGCCGACCGAAUCCUCGUUCCAAAUAAAGACACUGGUUCUGAUAUUGUGAUAAUGACGCUUAUUUGA